AUGAUGUUCACUCCCGUUGUGGCACUCGCGUUUGCCGCCAUCACGCCAAUCGUCAAUGCCUACCCCAUCACCGGCGACGUUGUCAACUGCCGCUCUGGUCCAGGAACCUCUUACUCCGUAGUCAAGAGCUACAAGCAGGGAACCGACGUUUCAAUCACCUGCCAGACCUCCGGUACCUCCGUUAAUGGCAACGAAAUCUGGGACAAGACCUCCGACGGCUGCUACAUCACCGACUACUAUAUCAGAACCGGCAGCAGCAGCUAUGUCACCAAGAAAUGUGACAGCGGCAGCGGAGGUGACAGCGGUGACGACACCAGUGGAAACCUACCCGGUCUCACAUCCACCCAGUCCAAGCAUGCGAAGGCCAUCAUCGGAGAAGCAAAGGAAGAAGGCUUGGGUCGUCAGGGCUGUCUUGCUGGAAUUGCAACCGGUCUUGUUGAGUCUAAUAUGCUCAUUUAUGCCAACAAGAAAGUCCCCGCUUCCCUCAACUACCCGCAUGACGCUGUGGGCUCGGACUAUGACAGCGUGGGCAUCUUCCAGCAACGUGCUAUUUACUACCCCGACAUCGCUGCCGAUAUGGAUGCUGCGAAGUCGGCGGCCCAGUUCUUCAAGAAAAUGAAGAAUGUUAGUGGCUGGAAGACCAUGGAGGUUGGCAGGCUUUGCCAGAAGGUGCAGGGCUCUGCGUAUCCCAGUCGGUAUGCGGAGCGUGUCGAUGAGGCUAAGAAGAUUUGUGCUGCUGGUGGCUUGUAG